CUUCGCGACCUUGUUCCAACGAAACAAAGUCAGGGGCCCCUAUUCCUCCCGGGCCAUCUAUUCAUCCUCGAAACCACCGCGCCAUCGUCAUCUCCCGCUAGAGACUCGAACGUCGCCAAAACAACCCUUGUUUAUCUGUUUGAGGACAAGCCAGGCAGGGCAGGCGCACCGCACCACACACAUCGGCCAGCGUCAUGGCUUCGCUGGGUGAAGAGCUGCUCAGCAUCGUCAACCGGCUGCAGGAUCUGGUAUUCAACACCAUCGGAAAUGACUCCUUGGAUUUGCCCCAGAUUGUGGUCGUAGGAUCACAAUCGUCUGGCAAGUCGUCCGUCCUCGAGAACAUCGUCGGCAGAGAUUUCCUCCCCCGAGGAAGCGGCAUCGUCACCCGGCGGCCACUGAUUCUGCAGCUCAUCAACCUUCCGAGCGACCGUGAAGACAGGCCCGAUUUCGACGAGAUACACGUCCCACACACGCCGGCAAGCGUAGCAGGACAGCACGAAUGGGCUGAAUUCCUCCACAUUCCGGGACGGAGGAUCUAUGACUUCGCCGAGGUUAAGCGUGAAAUCGAAUCAGAGACAGCGCGGAUCGCAGGAAACAACAAGGGCAUCAACAGGCAGCCCAUCAACCUCAAGAUCUACUCUCCGCACGUCCUCAGCUUGACGCUGGUUGACUUGCCCGGGCUGACAAAGGUACCCAUCGGCGACCAGCCCACGGAUAUCGAGAAACAGACCCGGAACCUGAUCACCGAAUACAUUGCGAAGCCGAACAGUGUCAUCCUCGCCGUCUCCCCCGCGAACGUCGACCUCGUCAACUCGGAAGCGCUCAAGCUCGCUAGACAUGUAGAUCCCAUGGGCAAGCGGACCAUCGGCGUCCUCACGAAGUUGGACCUGAUGGAUCACGGAACAAAUGCCCUGGAUAUCCUCUCUGGGCGCGUGUAUCCGCUCAAGCUUGGUUUCAUAGGCAUCGUCAACCGCUCGCAACAGGAUAUCCAGAGCGGCAAGUCGUUGGCGGAUGCUCUGCAAGCUGAGCGUGACUUUUUCAGGCAUCAUCCCGCAUACAGGAAUAUGGCCAACCGCUGUGGUACACAAUACCUCGCCAAGAGCCUCAACCAGACGCUCAUGGCGCACAUUCGAGACCGGUUACCCGAUAUUAAAGCCCGGUUAAACACCCUAAUGGGACAAACUCAGCAAGAGCUCGCAAGCUAUGGAGAUGCCGCAUUUACUGGGAAGGAACACAGAGGCUCGUUAAUUUUGCAGCUCAUGACCCGCUUCGCCUCCUCCUUCAUCGCCUCCAUCGAUGGUACUUCUGCGGAAAUCUCAACAAAGGAGCUGUGUGGUGGUGCUAGGAUUUACUACAUCUUCAACUCGGUCUUUGGCAACUCGCUUGAGCAGGUGGAUCCUACACAGAAUCUCUCUGUCCUCGAUAUCCGGACAGCGAUCCGUAACUCCACUGGUCCCCGCCCUAGCCUUUUUGUUCCAGAGCUCGCAUUCGACCUCCUCGUGAAACCUCAGAUCAAGCUUCUGGAGAUCCCGAGCCAGCGCUGCGUCGAGCUAGUGUAUGAGGAGCUCAUCAAGAUAUGUCACACCUGCGGAUCUACCGAGCUAAGCAGGUAUCCCCGGCUCCAAGGCAAGCUGAUUGAAGUCGUUUCCGACCUCCUCCGAGAACGACUCGGUCCUUGCGCAACUUAUGUAGCGUCACUCAUCGACAUUCAGCGGGCAUACAUUAACACGAAUCACCCGAACUUCCUUGGCGCGGCUGCUGCUAUGUCCUCGGUCAUUAACGACAAGGAGCAGAGGGAGAAGAAGAUUGCCCUUGAAGCUGAGAAGCGUAAGCGUGAGAGGCGGAGGCUAAAGGAACUGAAUGGCGUGAAUGGCACUGAGGUGCCUGAGAACGAAGAGGAGGCCGACGCUCCGACAGAGAAGACGCUCCCGAUCCGAAAACACCAUCCUCAGGCCAGCCGCAGUAUGUCGCCAGCAGUCGGUCGCUUGAUGAAUGGAUCUCACAGUCUUUCAGGUGCCUUCAAUGGCAGCCGAGCACGAUCACCCCCGCCACUUGGCGGAGCCGGAUCCGCUCGUGACAGCUUCCUAAACUAUUUUUUCGGCAAGGAUGGCGGCCUGCCAUCAAGCGCUUCGGUGGCACAAACCUCUUUGGAGAAUCGACCCGGUAGCAGACAUGUCAGCCAGAACAUUGAGCCCAGCAUCGGCCAGAGCUUCCGGAGAGGCGACACCCGGCAACCCGCCCAUGUCUUGGAGAUGGUGCCUGACGACUACGACAUGACUAGCCCGAUAAGAGACUCGUACGAAGGCGGAUUCCCGUCGGAGGCCGACUCAGCGCCUGCUAUGACUGAACGGGAAGCUCUAGAGACGGAACUCAUCCGUCGUCUCAUCUCGUCCUACUUCAACAUUGUCCGCGAAACCAUUGCAGACCAGGUGCCCAAAGCCGUCAUGCAUCUGCUCGUCAACCACUCCAAGGACGUUGUCCAGAACCGGUUGGUCAGCGAGCUUUACAAGGAAAACUUGUUCCAGGAGCUACUCUACGAAGACGACACCAUCAAGGCCGAGCGCGAGAAGUGCGAGAAGCUGCUCAAGACAUACAAGGAGGCAGCCAAGAUUGUAGGCGAGGUGCUAUAACCGAAUCGCCCGCUUGUAUGGAUCCCACUGUAGGUUUAAAAGUUGUGUGAAUAGCUUGCUCCGCUUGGUCAUGGCUUAUCUGGCGUUUGGAGGCCGCUUGUGGAUAUUGCAUCUUUGGCCUUCUUUCGCAUAUUUCUACUCUUCUGCCACUUCCUCUCUCAGACGGGGUGGCAGGGCGUUUGAUGGGCUCCACUUGGCAAGCACUGAUCUUUGGAUUUGGAGAUGGAUCGAGGAGGGUAAUGGGUGUACCAUAUGUGCGAUGAGAGAUGCAGCGCGUGUAUAGAAUAUACAACUCACAUCAAACCCACUGGAUCUUCCGAGUAAGCAUGUACUAUUCGAACCACAC